AUGGCCAGCAUCUCUUUAAAGGCAUUUCUCGGUGGUAGUAGCCGAUUGCUCAGCGUCGGAUCUAUCUCUUCUUCAUCUGCUGCAGGUCUGCCAGGAAUUAUCCCCCGGUUAACUGAGACUUUGCGCAAUAUCCCUCCCAUCACCAUUCAGAUACCCUUUGGCAAUAAGAAGACUGAGACUGAAGUUCGUGGUGAUAUGACUGGUCUUGAUGAGCACGGCUGCAGUGAGGUGACUCCAGCAUCUAUAAUAGAAGAAAACAAGAGCAGUAGGACAAAGGGUGGAGUUACCAGAUUAGGAGAGUCAUUCCCUGAUGAGUACUUUUUCGACAAUGGCAUUUUACUUGCAGUUCCCAAGAAGAAAGUUUCGCAUCGCCGUAAGCGUAACCGCCAGAUUGCACCUGAGGCCAAGCAGCAAAAGGAGGUUUUUAGUUUGGACCGAUGUUCGUCUUGUGGCCAUAUUAAGAGAAGACAUGCUCUUUGCAUGCAUUGUGUAAGUGAGAUCAAGACACUUUGGAAGGAGCGGGAUGUUGCUGAGCAGUCAAAGGAUGGUCAUGUUGAGCGGGAUUUGUUGCCCAUUGAGGAGCAGACUCUUUAUCCUGGUAAAGUUGAACGUGCAGAGCAAAAGAAGCUGAAAGAAAAGGAAUAUCUGUACAAGCCUCCACGAACUCUUCCUUAUGAGAAGUAA